CAGCGACCAAAGGAUUCGAACGAUGCGAAGAGAUCAGAUUAGUGACUUCCUUAAUCCUUCUGCCUCAAAAACUACAUCGUCUUCUUCAUUAAUGACUUCUAAAUUUCACAGGUCCAUUUCCCUCUCCCGCCAUGGCAUUCAACUUAGUUUCUAUUGAGACGUGGCUAUCUAGUCCCACAGCAUCGGGAGUGAAACUAUGGGUUCUGAUUGUGAUUUGUGUAUUUCUUCUUCUAAUUCUUAUUCUUACCUUCAUUUGUCAACUCUAUUGUCAUCGUCGUAAGCGGAAUCGGAACUGUCAAAGCGAAGAUCGUGAAACGGCGAUUUCAGGAGAAGUUUCUACGGAGAUUGACGAAAAGAAGGGUUCCGAUGAUGAGUUUUCACGGCAAGGUAGUACGAAUAUUGAUCAGUAUAGUAUUUUCACAGAUUGGGAGUAUUCGGCCGGUCGGUACUCGAUAGCGGCGGUCAAGGAUGGGCAUAGAAGGAGCACAUUUGCGCUCGAUGAGAUUGAGCUAGCGACGGAUGGAUUCAGCGCAAAGAAUGUCAUUAGUAUCGAAGAUUACAAUGUUGAUUAUCUUGGAAUUUUGGCUGAUGAUACAAAAGUGAUUGUCAAGAUAUUCAAUGCAAAUAACAGUAUUGAAGACGAUGAAUUCAUCCGAGAAGCGGAGAGAAUUCAACAUAUUAACCAUAAAAAUCUGGUCAAGUUGCUUGGAUACCGCACUCGAGGAAUUGAGAAAAAUAGGAUUUUUGUCUAUGAAAAUGUAGAUAACGGGAAUCUGCAUCAAUGGCUUCAUGGAUGUCCACUGAAACCGUUUAGCCCUCUGUCAUGGUCCAAUAGGAUGAACAUUAUUCAAGGCAUUGCAAAAGGAUUAGCGUAUCUUCAUGAAGAUGUGGAACCACAAAUUCUCCAUGGCAGGCUAAGAUCAAGCUGCAUAUUACUUGAUCAGAAUUUGAAUCCCAAGAUUUUCAAUUUCGGUAUACUUGCCCUUUUUCCUCCACAGAACUUGCAGGGACCUUUGGUUGGAGAAGCAUAUGAAUCCCUUAACAAUGGAUCAUCUAGUCCAUUCACAGAAAAGGAGGAUGUUUACAGCUUUGGUAUACUUCUUUUGGAGAUGAUAACUGGUAGAGCUCCCGUGGACUCCAAUGAAUCCCAGGCACAUUUGAUAGAAUGGGUACAAUCAUUGAUUGGGAGUGAAGAUGAAGUGGAAAUGGUGGAUUCCAAAUUGGAAGAAAGGCCAACUUCAAAGCAACUCAAACGAAUGCUUUUAAUUGCCCUUCGUUGCGUUGAUCCAGACAUGCAGCAUAGGCCGAGUAUGGGCCAAAUCCUUGUCAUGCUUCUGCCUCAGGACCUCACCUUUUACUCCCUCAUGGCUGUCGGAUCGGAAUGAGUGAGUCCUUGUGAAAAUGUGCUGAUUAACAUUGCACUUAGAAAA